AAAAUCCCACCUGGAGAUAGUUUACCUGGGAUUGAUCUAACAGAUCCCAAACAGUUGGCUGAUUUUACAAAAUCAAAAGCAUCUGAAAUGCAAGAUGAUGUGCACAGAACUGUAGCAUGCCCUCACAAGGGUUGCAGCAAAAUGUUUAAAGACAAUGCAACAAUGAGGAAACACUUGCACACACAUGGACCACGGGUUCAUGUUUGUUCUGAGUGUGGUAAAGCUUUUGUAGAAAGUUCAAAAUUGAAGCGACACCAACUGGUUCACACAGGAGAGAAAGCUUUUCAGUGCACAUUUGAAGGCUGUGGUAAGUGGUUCUCUCUUGAUUUCAACUUACGCACGCACGUCCGCAUACACACUGGAGACCGACCUUACGUCUGCCCAUUCGAAGGCUGCAGUAAGAAGUUUGCACAGUCAACAAAUCUUAAAUCUCACAUACUCACGCAUGCAAGACAAAAGUAA